AUGGAGAUGAAACACUUGGAGAUAACUAUGAACUCUGCAAGGGGUCUCAAAAAAGUGAAUCAUCUUCGUGCUAUGGACGUGUAUGCUGUGGUCACAAUGUCCAGCAACCCCCAAACUGAGCAAAGAACUCCUGUGGACAAGGGUUGUGGCUCAAACCCCAUGUGGAACCACACCAUGAAGUUCACUUUUGAUGAAGCCGUGGCAAAGAUGAAUUACCUCUUUCUCAACAUCAAGCUCAAGCACCAUGGCCACAUCCGUGGAGACAAGGAUAUUGGAGAGGUCUUGGUCCCUGUAAAAGAGCUUUUAGACAAAGCUGAAGAAGGCAACUUUGUUAAGUAUUUGACAUACCAAGUUAGAGAAUCCUCUGGCAAGCCACAAGGGGAACUAAACUUGUCCUAUAGGUUUGAGGAUGAUACACCAAUAGUUACUGCCUAUCCUCCUCCACAUGUAGGAACGAGUAGUAGCUCAGCUUAUAUACCAUCAAGAUUGAAUAUCCCACAAACUUAUAACCCUCCUCAAAGUAGUACUCCACAAUCUACAAUGGGAUAUCCUAGUCAUGGUAGGAUUCCACCACCGCCACCGCUACCGGAGGGAUAUCCCACACCACCACCAGGGUUGGGAUAUCAUCAUCAUGGGAAGCCACAGGUGGUGCAGCCACAGCAGCCAGCUGGGAAGAAUAGUGGGAAUAAUAAUGUUGGGUUAGAAUUGGGCAUGGCAGUGGUGGGAGGAAUGCUUGGUGGAAUUUUGAUGGGAGAAUUGGUGUAUGAAUCUGAUGAUGGAGCUUCUAAUGAUCCAGAUAAUACCAUGUAG